AUGCCGGCGUAUCAUUCCAACUUGAUGGCCCCCGACACCAGGCUGGUGGGGAACAUGGCUUUGCUCCCUCUCAAAACCCAAUUCAAAGGUCCUGCAAGAGGAGACGGUAUUGACUCUGAUAUAAUCGAUGAGGCAAUCUAUUACUUCAAGGCCAACGUUUUCUUUAAGAACUAUGAAAUCAAGAAUGAGGCAGACAGGACAUUGAUCUACGUCACUCUGUACAUCUCUGAAUGUCUGAAGAAACUACAAAAGUGCAGCUCCAGGAAUGCUGGUGAAAAAGAGAUGUACACUUUGGGUAUCACCAACUUUCCCAUUCCUGGAGAGCCUGGCUUCCCCCUCAAUGCAAUGUAUGCAAAACCCGCAAACAAGCAGGAGGAUGAGACCAUGAGGGCAUACCUUCAGCAGAUCCGACAGGAAACUGGCCUGAGGCUGUGUGACCGUGUCUUUGAUCCUCAAACAGACAAACCCAGUAAAUGGUGGGUGUGCUUUGUCAAGAAACAGUUUAUGAACAAAAGCUUAUCAGCUCCUGAUUUUAUACUAUUAAGUUUAAAAUAA